AUCGGAAGUGUGGACAGCGUAAGUCAUGUUUCUCCAGACCUGGCUUUGACUUUACUGAAUGAAUGAGUCAGUGAAUGAAAUAAGUCAGACGUAGAGGUCUGAUGUCUCAAUGGAACUGUCUUUGGAGGAAAGAGAGAAAUCCUCUCUGCGUCAUAAAAGCCUCACCCUCCUCCUGUCGGUUUGUCCACGCUGUCUGGCUUCCUCUGACAUUUUAUCAUCUAAUGCCAUCCGGGUAACUUAAAGUUACGUUCCUGCUGCUGAAUGUAAAAAUGCAGCUUUUGAGCUGAGUGCAGUCUGACUGAAAUUGAACCCUGCAACUGUAAAGUUAAAUUUACAUGAGCUAUUUCAGUCACCAAAUGUAAACAAGCAGCUGUCGCCCAUGCAGAUUUGUUUGGAACUACCCUGCUGGUAAUGAGAUAAGCAACUGUUGCGUCUUCAGGUAAUCCUGUUUGAGGACUAGUAAGGUCACAAGUCAAAUCCUCAUAAGAGCAGACAGGGACUGAAGUGUUCACAGUUACACUAACUCAAGUGCUGGGAGCAAUGCAUCGAGUGACUUUGCAGCUUUAAUGAAUGAUACUAUUAGCUGAUUGUGUCUACAGGAGAUUCCACUUGCAGGUCAGUGUUGUUGCUUCUUUAGGGCAUGGACAGCGUAUUGGGCUUUUAGCUGGAUAAUGUCAACGUGCAUUUCUUCAUUGGCACGUGCAUUAAUUGUUAUUGUUUUGUAUUUGCAGAUUACAGCCUCAUUCUGCAGAGACUUUUAAAGAGUUCCAGUGUCCGAUCCUGCAUGCUGACAUUGCUGUAAAGCACAGGAUAAAUCGCCUGUUGAGCCAACUAAUAUCUAUACAACUGUGGAAAUGGAUUCCCUGAUGUCGCUGGGCGCUCCCCUGAAGCAGUUCACCCGAUGUGUGUCGGGGAAGAACACCACCGCAAAGAGAGGCACCAAGAGGAGCCAGUCGGUGCGCCGAAACAGCUUCACCCGCAGGAAGAGCGUCAGCCGGAGGAGAAGUCUCCCCUGCACCCAGAAGGUCCCAGACUCCUGGCUCAGAGCGUACCAGGAUGACCUCAAGAAAGAAAGGAAACGUCAGCAAGCCAUCCUGGCCAAGAAGAACGCCGAAAGGACGGUCAGAAAAACUCACUUCAGGAGCCACCACUGCCUCCCAAGGCAGACCACCGCUGCCAGGAAACCAGCUCCAGUGAAGGACGACUCCUUCUUUGGAGCCUUUCAGGGCCUCAGUCUGGACGGACUGGUGGGAGGAGCGUCUGGGUUGCCUGCUGCCGCUGCUCCUGCAGCAGGUGGAGGAGAUCCGUGCAAAGUCAUGUGAGACUCAACAUAUUAAGGACAAUUAGACUUUUCAAAUGAGCCACAUUGCUUGAGAGAUUCCCAUACGAAGGAGACAAAUAACACCCAAGAAAGAGGAGAGUAUUUCUGUGUAUUUUCUUGAAUGUUUUUUUUCCCCUUUAGCCAACAAUAUUGCCAGUUCUUGCUUCCUUUAUGUAUAUAUUUGUUGUUUGGACUGUAAACUGUAAGAAUUGUUGCACUGUUGUUUGCAAAAUGAGCAGAAUUGUUAUGCUGAAAUAUUAUGGUUAUAAAAUUGUGGAAAACUGAUUCAUUGAACUUGAAUGAGUUUUAUUUUCAUAAUGUUGAGUUUGUCUCAUAAUUCAAAGCAAAAACUAAACAAGUAAUACAAUUUUAAUCAAUCUUUUCCAAACAUAAAAGGGAAAUAAUUCCCAACAAACACCAUUUGGAUGUUUGGCGAUUUUAUUAACAUUUCAAUGAGUGUAUUAAAACAUGCAUGGCUGAUUGGGGUUUGAGGCACUAAAUGCAAAAGUUGCAUUUGUGCUACAGACUUAAACACGG